AUGUUUUUGAGAAAGAAACCUCCACAAAUAUCGACACUAGACGAGCUUCAACAAACGUACAAUGAUUGUUGCAACUUGACAAUAAAAAAUUUAACGUUGGAAGAGGAAAAUAAUGUGGAAGAUGCCUUGAAGGGUUGGAAGAGUUUGCAUACCUCAUUAUUAUACAAAUUGGAUAUAUUUGAUAAAAUGGGCUCAAAAUUGAAUCCCGAAGAAAAAACAAUCUUGGGUGAAUUGAAGGGAAUUCGUGAUGAAAACAUCAAGCAUUUGAUACGUGUACAGUUACGAUUAGAUGAAGUGAAUCGAAGAAAGCACAGAGAAGCAAAUCAUUCUUAUCAUACUACUGGAGGAGCACCACCCCCACCGCCACCUCCGAGAUCAACCGUGAGCAAUAGUUCAAGCAAUAUCAGUGUGCCACCAACACUAAGAAAUUCGUCGUCACUUUCAGCAUCAGCAAGUGGAUCAGCUUCCAGACCUAUGAUGAAAUCAUUGCGCCCACAUUCGAAUGGACAUAGUGCAUCGUCGUCUUCAUCACUAUCCAAAACUCAUGCCAAAUUGAAGCCGAAAUUGGUUCAAGAAGCAUCAACGGCAGCAAGUGCGUCAUGGACCAAACCUCUAACAACACAACAAAAAUAUCACAUAUCAAAAUCAAAUUUGAAGAGUAAACAAGAUGAUUUAUUUCAAGAUUUUGAUCAGGAUACAUAUACUCCCAAUCGAAGUGAUAGUGGUAAUUGGGAGAAAUUUGCCAAUUCUAGAUCAUCAUCUGGAUUAUCGGAAUAUUCAAAUGACGAAGAAGAAGAAGAAGAAGAAAAGGGGGCUGAUUACAAUUUAAUUGAUCUAGAUGAUUAUAAUGGCACUGGAAACCUAUCACAUUCUAUGGAUGAUCUAACAAUAAAACCAGUGAUUAGUCCUAAAGAUAUAUCAUCAUCAUCAGCAGCAUAUACAGCAUCACCACAACAACAUACUUACGCCCCACUGCAUUCUAAACCACUGACAGGAAGUACAAACAAAUCAAAUGGUUUAUUGAGACCAACCCAACCGAUUGAGCAUAUUUCUAAAAGUACCUCGGAUAUAAGAAGCAAACCAAAAACUCCAUACGUUUAUAAUAAACCCAAGCCAUUGAAUAUUCAAAGACUAAUGAAACAGCUGGUUGCCCAAUCGAAAUCAAUACCAUCAUCAACGAGCAAGCCCGUAACCACAAGUAAAGUUGCUGCUACUACCGCCAGUAAAACUGCAAAACCAAAACCCAAGUCAAAUAUUACAUAUAAUUUUGUUCGUGCCCCGGCGCUGGGAAAACCCAAAACAGCAAAUUUAAGUGGUGGUAAUAGACCCCGAACUAAUGGUGGAUCAAUUGCUGCUGUCAAUAAACAGGGAACUAAACAAACGCCAACAUCAGCACGACGUCCGAGUAAGCCAACAGAAGAUGAGCAACUCAAUAGCCCUACAAUGGAUGAUUUACUUAGUGGAUAUGAAGAUAACCAUGACAAUGAUUUAGAUGAAGACGAUAACUUCAAGACCUUGAUUUUAACCAACGAAAAACACCAAGAUAAGUUGAUUUCAUCUAUCAGGGGCAUUGAUCCUACUGCCGCGAAGCAGAUUUUAAAUGAUGUUGUUGUUCAUGGAGACGAAGUUUAUUGGGAUGAUAUAGUUGGUUUGGAAGGAGCUAAGAACUCGCUCAAAGAAGCAGUUGUGUAUCCGUUUUUACGACCAGAUUUGUUCAGAGGAUUACGAGAACCAACUAGAGGGAUGCUAUUAUUUGGACCACCAGGAACUGGGAAAACCAUGUUAGCUAGAGCCGUGGCCACGGAAUCUAAUUCAACAUUUUUUAGCAUCAGUUCGUCUUCGUUAACAUCAAAGUAUCUAGGCGAAUCGGAAAAGUUAGUGAAGGCAUUAUUUUUGUUAGCAAAAAAAUUGGCUCCUCUGAUUGUAUUCAUGGAUGAGAUUGACUCGUUAUUAGGAAGUCGUACUGAAGGUGAGAUUGAAAGUACAAGAAGAAUCAAAAAUGAAUUUUUGGUGCAAUGGUCUGAAUUAUCAAGUGCAGCUGCCGGAAGAGAAACUGAUGAUGGCGAUGUGUCACGAGUUUUAAUUUUGGGAGCAACCAACUUACCAUGGUCGAUUGAUGAAGCUGCCCGAAGAAGAUUUGUUAGACGUCAAUACAUUCCAUUACCAGAAGAUGAAGCCAGAAUAUCUCAAAUCAAAAAAUUGUUGAAGUACCAGAAGAACACAUUAGAUGACUCGGAUUAUAAUAAAUUGAUCGAAUUGACAAAAGGGUUUAGUGGGAGUGAUAUUACAGCUCUAGCCAAAGAUUCCGCCAUGGGCCCAUUAAGGUCAUUGGGAGAUAAGCUUCUUUCUACGCCCACAGAACAAAUUCGUCCCAUAUGCUUAGAAGAUUUUGAAAAUAGUUUGAAAUAUAUUCGACCAAGUGUUUCUGCCGAUGGAUUAAAAGAGUAUGAAGAUUGGGCUCUGAAAUUUGGAUCAAGUGGAGCAUAA